AUGGCAGACAUCUCCGGGAGGCCUGGCAGCAAGUCAGAGACCGACGUGGUGGCGCACGUCGAUCAUGACAGCGGCCCAGACCAGAGCCGUGACCAGAUCCAAACACAGCAGCAUGGUUACGACGGUGACAACAACAACAACAACAACAACAACAACAACAACAACAACAACAACGAUACGCCGGCCUUUGAAAAGAUGGCGCUCGGCCAUACGGAAGACGACAAUGUGGUUGGUGCCGACUUUGCCGUGGCCGACGACCAGCUGCCCGCCGGCUACUUCCGCAGCCUUAAUUUCGUGGGGUCCAUGCUGGCCAUCGGGCUGUCCUUUUGCUGCGGUGUCGGCGGCUUCUCGCUGAUUGCUCCGGUGCUGGGCAUUGUCAACGCGGACAUUGGGCCCGACCCAAACCUGACGUGGGUGUCCAUGUCGUACCUCCUGACCAGCUCGAUUGGUCUGAUUGUCGUCGGCCGCGUCACGGACAUCUUUGGCCGCCGCUGGUGGUUCGUCGGCGGCAACGCGAUGGGCACGCUGGGCGCGAUUGUCUGCGCAGUGGCGCCCAACGUCCCGGCGCUGAUUGCGGGCGAGACGCUGAUCGGCGUGGGCGCAUCCGUGCAGCUGUCGUACGCGUUCGCCGUGGGCGAGAUUGUGCCGCUCCAGUGGCGGUUCCUGGCGCAGGCGUACGUCUUUGUCUGGGGCAUCCCCGGCAGCGGCCUGGCGCCGGCGAUUUCGUAUGCCUUCAUCUACCAGACCAAGGCCGGGUGGCGCGGCAUCUUUUACUUUUUGAUUGCGUUGAAUGCCUUUACGACCGUCCUGUUCUACUUGUUCUACCACCCGCCGACCUUCAGGAUGAAGCACGCGUCGGCCAACAAACAGGCGUUCAUCAAGAGCUUUGACUACCUGGGCAUCGUUUUGGUGACGCUCGGCCUGCUGCUGUUCCUCAUGGGCAUCUCGUGGGGCGGCACGCUGCACCCAUGGAAGAGCGCAGCGGUCAUUGUGACGAUUGUGCUGGGGUUCCUGAUCAUCGUGGCGUUUGUGCUCUGGGAGACGUACGGCCACCCCAAGGAGCCCAUGAUGCCGAUCCACGUCUUCCGGCACCGCGGCUGGAACAUCACCAUUGUCCUGUGGUCGCUGGGCGCCGCCAUCUACUACGCCAACGCCAUCCUGUGGCCAAGCAUGGUCGCCGCGCUGUACUCGGAGGGCCACAGCCGCAUGUGGGCCGGCUGGAUGUCGUGCAUUCCCGGCUGUGGUAUUCUGGCGGGAGAGUUUUGUGCGGCUGCGUUCAAGCGCCGGACCAACUGGCAGAUUAUGGUCGUGUUCCCGGUCGGGGGCGUCCUGCUGGGCGCCAUGGCCACGAGCACGCCCGACACGGUCGUGCGCUCGUCGGCGCUCAUCUUCUUUGCGUCCUUUUUCAUCGGCUGGAACGAGCUGCUCAACUCGACCGUCGCCACCAUUUCCAUCCAAGACCAGCGCGAGAUUGGCACCUAUGCCGGCACCGGCGGCUCGUCGCGCUCGCUCAUCUCGACCGUUUGCUCCACCAUCUACACGACCGUCCUGUCCAACCGCCUGGCGCAGACCAUCCCCGCCAAAGUACCUGCUGCCGUUGUGGCUGCCGGCCUGCCCGAGGGUUCCGUGGCGGCGUUCAUUGCCGCCAUCCAAGCCGGUACUGCCGCUGCCUGGGACGCCGUCGCUGGUCUGACGCCCGAGAUCCAGACAGCCGGCAUCCGCGCCUACCAAGAAGCCAGCGCCUCGGCGUACAGCACCGUCUUCCUGACGACGAUUGCGUUUUCCGGUCUCGGCAGCAUCCUCGCCAUCUUUGCGCCCAACGUCGACCACCUGCUGACCAAGAGCGUCAACAUUACCGUCAAUGUGGCCGAGCAGGAUGCGGCCGUGGGAGUGGCGCAGGAGCAAGAGAAGCGCGUCAACCAGUCGGUAGUGUAG